UGCUUGCGUGCAUAGAGUGAAGAGAGAGGUGCCACAGCCUUAGCCUUAGCCCUAAUCUACUUCUGCCAUUAUUGCCUUAGCUUGCGAGUUGAUCGAAGAACUAAAAUGAGCAGCAGCAGUAGCAGAAGGUGUGGUGUUGUGAGCGGAGCAAACAGAGGAAUAGGAUAUGAAAUAUGCAGACAGCUUGCUAAUGAAGGUGUGGUAGUAGUGGCCACUGCGAGGGAUGAGAAGAGAGGAAUGGAAGCUGUAGAGAAGCUCAAACAGUUAUGUGGUGGAGAAGAUGAAGAUAGUAUUGUGUUUCACCAACUUGAUGUUGCAGAUGAAGUUAGCAUUUCUUGUCUUGUGGAUUUCGUCAAAACCAAGUUUGGGAAACUGGAUAUCCUGGUAAACAAUGCAGGGAUCGGUGGAGUUAUUAUUGAAGGAGAUACUUCAAUUCUAAAAGAGAUGAUAGAUGGAGAUUUCUCACGAGCCAAUUCUAUAAAAGAAGAGCCAGAAACUGAGUUGAAAAGUAACGGCGCAAUCAUUCAAACUUAUGAAUUGGCUAAACAGUGCCUUAACACAAACUACUAUGGCACCAAAAGAAUGGUUGAAGCAUUUCUACCUCUUCUCCAGCUUUCCCAUUCCCCUAGAAUUGUCAACGUUUCCUCUACUCUGGGGAACCUAAAGUUGCUGCCAAAUGAAAGGGCUAGAAAGGUAUUGAGCAAUGGCGAAAGCCUAUCAGAGGAAAGGGUAGAUGAAGUGGUGAAGGAAUUUCUCAAGAAUUGCAAGGAAGCAGAAGCAAAAGGUUGGGCAAGAUAUGCCCCAGCCUACAAAGUCUCCAAAGCAGCAGUGAAUGCUUACACAAGGGUUUUAGCUAAAAAAUAUCCAAAAUUUUGCAUAAAUUGUGUGUGCCCAGGGUAUGUGAAGACUGAUAUGACUAUUAAUAGUGGGAUGUUAACCCCUAUGGAGGGCGCUGAAAGCAUCGUGAAGCUAGCUCUGAUGCCCGAUGAUGGACCUUCUGGCUUAUUCUUCUCCAGGACAAAUAUUAUGGCUUUCUAGAGCUGAUAAUGGAUGCAUGCAUGCAUGUUUGAUAAAUUAAACUACUUUUCUUAUUACUAGAGAAGGGUGACAUGGAUGACGAUAAUAAUGCGGCGCAAAACACAUUAAGAUUAAGGUGCUGCAACAAUAUCAAUGAAUGAUGAAGCUAGCAAGACUGCUAAUUUGAUGCACUUAUGGGAUUGUUAUCUUAUAUUAUUAUAUAUUCACUUAUAUUAUGUAA